GAUAGAUGAUAAAAGAUAGAUAGAUGAUAGAUAGAUGAUUGAUAGAUAGAUGAUGAUAGCUAGACAUUGCUGCUGCUCUCGUUAAACCUGCUAUUUGUAAAUACACUAAAUUAAAUGUCCCUUUGAGCUCUUAUUUAUUUCUUCUCUCUCGUUCUUCUCAACAUAACUAUUGAUUCUAACAAACUGGUGUGUCCCGAGUUGUUUGCUGAGUUUCCUCUCUCGCUGCUACUUCUUUACACGUUCCCUGCAUGUUGUAAUCAUGUAUCCCAGACCUGACAAUUAGCCUGGGAACGGGGGCGUGGUUACUAGCAGAGUCUAGUAAGAGAUCCAGUAUGUGUACAAACACAGCCAACCUUUCGAACCAAUCAGAAGAGGCCUUUGCAUUAGUCUUCACCAAUCGUGACAGCUCGAGGAGCUUAACAAGCGCCACAGCUGGGGGAUCUGGAGAGUUGGCUGAGAAAGUUUCUAGAGACUACUGCUCCUGCUGCUUCUGGAGUUCUAUAGUCGGGCUCCCUGCUCACCUGCAAGCCUGGUGCUGCUGCCGGGGAGCACGUUAGGAUGAGUGUGGCUUUCUCAACCCUACAACCUGUGGAAGACAAGCAGAUUGGCAUGGUAUCGGUCAUGGCAAUGGAGGAGCUGAGGCCACUGGCUGAUAUGAGCUACACCAUGAUCGAGUAUUGCAUUAAGAAGGAAGAGGAUGACCUGGGCAAAUUCGUUGACUUGGACUUUAUAUUGGCUCACACGAGCUGCAGCCAGAAUGGUGGCACGCCGGUAGGACAUGGUGGCGCUUACCCAUUACCUGAGACCCCUGAGAGCUGCAGUACCACCUAUGAUAGCGAUGGAUCCUACACUGCCAGUCAGAAAUAUGGAGGGGGGAGCUUUGCCGGGAGCCCCCAUCACAGUUAUGUGGCGGAGCUGCUGACUCCAGAUGUGCCCUGCAUAGAGGUGUCCAAUGACUUUGGACUAAAGGCCGGCAUGCACAGCAGGAAGUACACUGAGCUCAGAGUAUCUGCCAUGGACACCCCUGGGCAUCUGCUAUCGGAGCACCUACAGCACUUGAGCCAUAGAAUUAAAAAGGAGCGACCUGAGCAGUCGUGCAUGCUGGGUGCCGGCUCCCCUACUUCCCCAGACUGUAUUAGCCCUAUCAUGGAGCAGAAGGCUGGCAUCAUGCAGAUGCACGGCCAACUCCUUCCCAAUCCUGCCUAUUCUCAGCACAGGCUCAGCCCCCCAGUGCCCACAGAGGCUAUGCCCCCCAAUGACUGCCACAUGAUCCCUGACAUGCACUGCCUGUCCCUCAUGUCAAUGGCACAGCACUACCCAAUAGCAACCUCCUACCCCACUCAUUUUACCAGCCAGCCCCCCGCUCAGUUUCAUGGACAAUUUGGAGUUUACAGAGACCCUAUGAAGGUUCACCCAUCUAUGCAUGGAAUGAUUGUCACCCCUCCCUCCUCCCCCUUGCUUGAGUAUUAUCCUGCCAUGGCUGCCACGGAUGACUGCAAACCAAAGAGGGGUCGGAGAUCGUGGGCCAGGAAAAGAACUGCCACUCACAGCUGCGAGUACCCGGGCUGCGGCAAAACCUACACCAAGAGCUCCCACCUGAAGGCUCAUAUGCGAACGCAUACAGGAGAAAAACCAUAUCACUGUAACUGGGAGGGCUGCGGAUGGAAGUUCGCAAGAUCAGACGAACUCACCCGUCACUUUCGCAAGCACACGGGUCACCGACCCUUCCAGUGCCACCUGUGUGAGAGAGCCUUCUCCCGAUCUGAUCACCUGGCCCUGCAUAUGAAGAGACACAUGUAGAGAUCAACUUGAACAAGCUUACAGUAAUAUAUUCAAUUCGGAGACUAUUUAUACAGAAGAACUAUUUUCUUAUUGGGGGGUUAUGUAUAUACAGCCUUGUAUAAAGUAGUAUUUAAGAAUCAUUCCUGAUCGCCAGGUAAAUAUAUGCGGUAACCAGAUAUAUAAAUAUAUUAUUUAAAGAGAAAACAAGCUCGUUAUUUGUAAAUGGGGGUUCAUGGUUACUCUGCAUUUGUACAAUAUUUGUAAUUUAGCUUUCUUACGUUUUGGUAAGGUGAAUUGAAUUUCUUGGUUGACCUGGAAUGUUACAGCUAUAUUAUUACAGAUAUUAUUACUCCUUUUUGUUGUCUCUCUAAAGUUGAAAACUAAAAUGUUCCAGAGAAGUCCCGUGCUCUUAAUGAAAAGUGCAAUUUGAAUUCAGGUUGACAGGCACAUUAUUUUUACAUUUAAUUGGAGAGAAACAGCUACAUCUAAUGGACAUUUGAUGCACUGUAUGUAUGUAGGUAGCCUGGGCAGUUACUCCAAAGUACUAUGUGUGUGUGUAUAGCAUUUAAAAACGUUGCCAUUUUUUGCAGGGUCUGUUUGUUUUUAUAAUCUACAAAACUUUGUAUAUAUAGUUUUUUUAAAUACAUAAAUUUCUGCUAGCAUUGUUUUGAUCCCUUUGGAAGGGAUAUAAAACAAUUUGGUACUUACAAGAAUUGUAAAUUGUAAAAUAAAAGUCAUUAUUUGC